GCAGUUAUUACUAAGAGCAUGGAAGAGGUUGUUUUCAGUAAGAGAUUUCCACCUUAAUCCACAAAUGUAUAUGAGAUUAGUGUUUUUUUAACUUAAAUAAGAAGGAAAGGAAACUAGUGUGGUAGUUUCUCCAGCAUGCAGUAGAAUGCUUGUUGGGUAUAGUCAACUACAGUGGAUCACAGUAUAAAAAGCUCCUCUGUGGAGUCUGCUACGGUCAGCAGCCAGCUAGGUGCAGCUGCCUUUUACAUCAGAGCACCCUACAUUACCCUGACAAUCAGAAAUAUUCCUAACCAAAUUCACGGUCAGCGUCGUGUACAUGCAGGUGUCCAAGUCUCCCUAGAGAACACAUCUUUCUCCAUGUUUGUAGGACUGUGACCCUCUGCCCAACCUGUCCGACAUCCUUGUUUCCCCAUCACCAACAGGUUGAGAGAUAAUGCCAAGGAGCUUACUUGACAGAGUGGUCUGAGAAGCAAAGCAUACCUCCCCCCCUUCAUCUUUGGAAAACAAUCUGGGGUAAUGUUUUGGAGAUGUCAAACAUAUAAUGCUUUUAAAUUAAGAGGUUUCAAUGUUACUAGUGUCAUAGACCUUUCAUAUGAAUCUCUUCAUGCCCUACAGAUUGUCCUUCCUUAUAAGAAAGACAGUUAUACAUAUAACUUCCUUAUAUGCCAGAAUCGGUAGGUAUAUAACUAGUUCUGGGAAUUCCAUUUGACAGUAAACUAAGGCAUGAAAGGAAUGUCCCAGUCCCAGAGAGCAAGCCACCAGAAGCUGCAGCUUCUUCCCUGCUGAUUUGUCUCCAUCUCUUCCAUCUCCUGAUGGCUACCUAUCUUUAAAAUCCAGCUCAGGCUGGACUCUGAUAGAGGACAAGCAUUUGCUAUGGUUGAAGUUCCAAGCAUCCUCCUGCCCUCUGCCGCCAUAGCAUAUGGAAUAGUUAUUUGGGAUUCAGUAGUUAACACCUGAAAUCUGGUUUUAGGAUCAAGAACACUCAAGAUUGGGGCUGGAGGAAACCUUAGGACCCCAAAGAUUUGUUCAGGGUCUGUCUGACAGCAAAUCAUGACAGCUAAGACUAGACCAAGUUUUCCUAAGUGGAUCCUGCCUUCCUGGUUGGAUCCUGAGGCCACUUUGAUUUCUUGCUCCUUUUUCGUCUAUAAAUUGCCUUCCUUCUCUUCUCUGUCGCAUGCUUACUGUUCUGUCUGACCAGAGAGAGGGCUCUGGACUGUGCUGCACAGUAUCUGUACUUAUUCUCUGGGACCUUGGUGUUUGUGGGCUUAAGGCUGGAUUAAGGACCUCAGUGCUGGGAGAGAGUCAGACAUCCCAGCUCUGAAACAAGAUUUCAUCCCAGCUAAAACCACCCCAGACAUUUGUUUGUUUAGAAGUGAAAAUAACAGGUUUAGAUGAUAUUGCCCAAAGUCCCCCAGCUAAAUGGCCACAGCAGGAGUCAACUUGGUGGCACUCUGCUGGGACUCUUACUUUGAGCACUGGCCAGGACCUCUAGGCGCUGGAGGGGUAGGCCAACUGAGAGCAAGCCUGAACUCUGCCUUCCUUCUUGGAGCAGCACAACUGUCCCUGAAGUAUAGCAUUCCUUUAUGUAUGAAAACCUGUCUGUUCAUUUUGUUCAUGGCUCUUGUCUGAAAUGCAGGGGCUGGCAGUAAACCUCUGUGUGCUCUGUAACCAGUCUGGCAUUUUUUAAACUUUGCCUGGUCGAAUUCCUACCCCUGCCCGCCCAAGCCAGGCACUACUACUCGAGUCCAACCUAGCCCAAGGGUGCAACCCCUAUGGUGAGGCACCACUGUCAGAAGUCAGCUCUUGCGAACCUGGAGGCUGUUAGGUAGCUGGGCUGUGUCUGAAUCCUCUGACUUCCUUCUGGAUUUGCUCUGCCUUGGGCUGGUGUCCUCCGCCCGCCCGCUACUCUCUCACGCCCCCAGUGUCCACCAAACUCAAUAAACUCAGCUCUCCAGGGUGUGCCCAUCUGGUCUCUGGGUCCAGGAGCCCGUGAAUCUCCAGCUGGGUGCCCACUGCUCGCUCCAGCACUGGUUCCGGAAUUAGGAGAGAAAAAGAGGAGGCGGGCCAGAGGGCACCUCUCUGGGGUCCGAGUCAGCAACCCAAUCUUCGUGCUUCCCUUGCUGCCCGGCACUGGCUGCCCAACUUUUUUCAUCCGUUAGACCCGCUGCUUGGGAUUCGCAGUCUAAGUGGGAAACAAAGAGCUCUCCUGAAACUGCCCUAAGUCUCUUUGAGGGGAUUCCCCCAGGAAACUCAGGAGCUUCAGUGGAGGCACUUAGGGCUCUUCUAGGGAACAAAGGGUGAGGACUUCUUGGGUGCCCCUCAGCUACCCAUUCCGUUUGCAUACAGCAGCCAUCACCCCCUGGAGGAGAGCGAGCCAGGCAUUCCAGCAGAUCCUGUGCCUAGAGCCCAUUGGGACUGGCCUCUCCGGGGCAGGGGACUCUAGCAAGCGGCUGGCAGAGCGGACCUGUUUGCUGGCUACUUUGGAGGUGGGAUGGGAUAGAGUUUAGAGAUGGAAAAGCGUGGAAGAAGAGGUUGCGUUCCUCUCCCCGGUUCAUAAAUGAUCCAAGUCGCGAGUGGGAAAUAAAGAGUAAACACAAACAACCUCAAAAAAGAAGCCAAGAAACCCUAAGCCAAAAGAAGCAAGCACAACGCUGUUACAAAACUGUCUGGUUUUGUAACAAUUUCCCCGCUGCCGGCCAAUGAGCAGCGUGGUGGGGCGUCACGUGGUGACGUUUUAUAUAACACUUUGCUGAGACAAGACAGUUAUUAGGCGGCGCGGGGCAGCCGGCAUGGAGCUCCAGGAGGCGAGGCAGAGCCGGGCGCACUGCGAUCCCGCGUUCAUGGCAGCGCGGCUCGCUUCCAGCCGUCGCUCCUUCCUCCUAGUUCCCUGUUCCUAGACGCCUCCUCCCCCGCCCCAACCUCCGCAGGUCCCUCUCUCUAUGGAUUCAUUUCAGACUGCACAGAUGUUGAGCUUGCCCGCUGAGCUCGGCAGCAACAACUUAGAACUGGCGGAGCUGGCGGAGCCGGAAGAGCGGGCGGCAUCAGUGUCCGAAGGAGACUCGGAGGCCCACCCAGACGAGUCUCCCGAGAACUCUGAAGCUCCCCGGACGCAAGAGCUGGAGCAAACACAGCCUCCGGGGACCUCGACGCCGUCAGAGUGCAAAGUCCUGCUCACACAGGCAGAUGCCUUGGCAUCCGGGGGGCGCCUUCGGGAAGCCCUCGAGGUGUACAGACAGCUCUCCGAGAGGCAGCAGCUCGUGGCUGAGCAGCUGGAGCAGCUGGUGCGCUGUCUGGCUGAGAGCGUCCCGCAAAAGGAGCCGGUGGCGCCAGCUCCCUCGGACCAGAGCGGCACCUCAAGCUGCUGCAAGGUGGCCGUGCAAGAGGCAGGGGAGGCUGCAGCCGUGGCCCCCGAGGUAUGGGAUGGCUUUAAGUGCCGGAAGUGUCACGGAUUUCUCUCAGACCCCGUGUCCUUGUGGUGCGGCCACACCUUUUGUAAACUGUGCCUGGAACGUGGGCGGGCCGCCGAUCGGCGCUGUGCGCUGUGCGGGGUCAAGCUCUCGGCUCUCAUGAUGGCCAGUGGGAGGGCACGCGGGCCGCGGCGGGCUGAGCAGCAGGCGCCACUGCAACUGCGAGUCAACGUGGUACUCAGCGGCCUUCUGGGCAAGUUGUUCCCGGGCCCGGCGCGGGCGUCGCAACUCCGGCACGAGGGCAACCGGCUGUAUCGCGAGCGCCAGGUGGAGGCAGCUCUGCUCAAAUACAACGAGGCAGUUCGGCUGGCUCCAAAUGAUCAUUUGCUUUAUAGCAAUCGGUCUCAAAUUUAUUUCACCUUGGAGUCUCAUGAGGAUGCACUGCAUGAUGCAGAAAUAGCAUGUAAACUUCGGCCAAUGGGUUUUAAGGCACACUUCAGAAAAGCACAAGCGUUAGCCACCCUAGGCAAGGUGGAGGAAGCACUCAGAGAAUUUCUCUACUGUGUAUCUCUUGACGGAAGAAACAAGAAAGCCAGAGCGGAAGUUCAAAGGCUUCUCUUUAGUUUCUUUACACCAUCAGUCCCGGGGGAUUCUCAGGAACAUUCUCCUGAUAUCCUGCAGCUGUUGGCACCUCACCCUAGAUUAAAGGAACACGUAGAGUCAAUGGCUACUGAAGGCACCAGUCAUAAUCUACCAAAGUUGUCACAGGAAAAUCCAGAGCUUCCACAUUGCUCUAGUCAGGAGGAAGCAGCAGCUGGAGGAGACAGCAGCAACACGGAGAGCUCAGCUCAAGUAAAGGUGGGUAGUCAAGAAGACAGUGGGAAAGAUCAGGAAGAAGACGAGCAGGAUGCUGCCUCCCUCAGGCCUGGCAAACGCCAGGGGAAAAAAAGGAACCAUUGCCAAGUUGAUGAAAUCCAAGAAGAUACAGACGUGCCCAAUAAAGUCUCCAAACAAGAUCUUCCUGCUCAUCAAGUGGCCAAACCAGAUCUCAGUAUUCCGCUUGCAUCUUUUGAUGCCUCUGACCUUGAAUGCUCACUGUGUAUGAGAUUAUUCUAUGAGCCAGUCACAACACCUUGUGGGCACACCUUUUGCUUGAAAUGUCUUGAGAGAUGCCUAGAUCAUAAUGCAAAGUGCCCGCUGUGCAAAGACGUUCUCUUCCAGUGCUUGCCAUCAAGAAAGUAUAGCAAAAAUGUAAUAAUGGAAGAACUCAUAGCUAAAUUCCUGCCAGAAGAACUCAAGGAACGAAGGAGGCUUUACGAAGAGGAAAUGGAAGAACUCUCUAACUUAAAUAAGAACGUGCCUAUUUUCGUGUGUACCAUGGCCUAUCCCACCGUUCCUUGUCCCCUGCACAUCUUUGAGCCUUGUUACCGCCUGAUGAUUCGGAGAUGUAUUGAGACAGGCACGAAACAGUUUGGCAUGUGCCUUGGAGAUCCUGUCAAAGGGUUUGCAGAAUAUGGUUGCAUCUUAGAGAUCAGAAAUGUCCAAUUCUUUGCUGAUGGCCGAUCGGUGGUUGACAGCAUAGGCAAGAGGCGCUUCAAGGUGCUCCAUCAGGGCCAGCGGGAUGGCUACAACACAGCUGAUAUUGAAUACAUCGAAGAUCAAAAGGUUCAGGGAGAAGAUUGUGCUGAACUCAUGGGCUUACAUAACUGUGUGUAUGAGCAAGCAUCCUCAUGGUUUCAUUCGCUCAAAACAUCUCUGAAGAAUCGAAUACUAAAUCAUUUCGGUCCAAUGCCAGAGAAAGAUGAAGAUCCCCAGGUUAAUCCAAAUGGUCCAGCCUGGUGCUGGUGGACAUUAGCGGUUCUUCCCCUGGAAAGCAGAGCUCAGCUCCCCUUCCUAGCAAUGAGGUCCUUAAAGGAUAGACUCAACGGUAUUCGGCGAAUCCUGGCCUUUAUAUCCAGAAACCAAAAUUAGUGGGAGCAGAUUGCGGAAGAGGCAUUUCCACCCUCUCUACUGCCCUGGGGCGAUGUUCUUGUAAAUAUAUCUAACUGCAAUAACACCUUAACAGAAGAGAGUAUCCUAGAGAGAUGUUACUCUGCUUUUUGACCACACAGAAAUUGAGUAGGAAGACCAAAAGAAUGUCACCUGUUUGACUUUCUGUCUUCAGAUGCUUUUUGACACAAACAGCCAGAGGUGUGGAAGAGCCCAGAAAAAGUUGUUUAGCACCAAUUUUUCUGAAAGUCAAAUGUGACCUGUCUUUCAUAGCUGAGUGACUGUGUGGUUGAAAUGUGAAGCAGAGAUGCUAACAUCACUGCAUUCUUUCACUGACUUGAGGUCUCGUUUCAAAUGGUUCAGGUUUUAUAGAGCAUUGUGUAAAAUAAUGUUCAUACUUCUUUCUGUUUUAAUAAUUUAUUUUUUGCACUACUGUAUCCUUUUUCUACAUGUACGUUUGUAACUAUUUAAGUGUACAUUACUGAAAAGUCCAUUGCUUUAUUUAUUGAUGUGGUUGACUAUGUAUGUAGGGGAAAUAACAGUACUAAACAUGUGCAAUGUUCUUUACGUUUUUUCUGAAUUGAUCCCAAUUCUUGGGCCAUUUUUAUAUAGUUCGUGUCUAUCCUAGUGGACUAAGUUUCAAGGAAUUUUGGAAGGCUUCUAAGGUAAUUUGUCUUCACAGAUUCCACUCUUUCAGUUUGAAUUAAGUGAUAGAAACUACUUAAUUGAUUUGGCAUAAGUUGUGGUGUGUGCAAGAGUAAAGUGAAAUAACCCAUUUUCUGUGUGUAAUACAGGAUAAGGCUGAAAAAAUUCCUUAGGAAUGGAGAGAUGAAUUAGAAGUGUCUUUUAUUACAAUCUAUUAGAGGUAUUUGUUUCGGGCAAUCUAGUUAGAAGUGUAUUAAUUUCUCUCCAGUGCAGUGAAGGGUAAGAUUAAUAGUUACCUGGUUUUUCAGAGAGAAUGGCGUCAAGACCUGUACCAGCAUCUGCUGAAAUACUCGAGUGACUAUUCCUUCUUAAAAGUGUAAAGAAAUCAGAAAGGUUAGACUCUCCUUAAAUCUCUAUAAAAGAACCAGAGACUGCAUCCAUGAUUUCAUGUAAACACUGCCUUCCCUCCUGCUAACAAUGGGCCAAAGAUUCCAGUGCAGGGGGAGAAAGAGAAGGGGCAGCAGUGGCUGCUUAGCUUGCUUAGUGCUAGUCUGAGGCCUUUGGCGUCAGAGAAAGCUGAAAAAUAGAUUGUGGGAGUGUUAUAAUGGCAGAGGAAAAUUCAAGCCGGGAAAAGUCAAUGGUCGUAUUUGUUUCUUACUCAAACUAUUCCCAGGUGGUUUUGGACAGCUAUGGUGUGUUAGUCACAUGUAGCCCCUCCACUCUGAGAAUGAGAGAGAGAGAGAGAGAGAGAGAGAGAGAGAGAGAGAGAGAGAGAGAGAGAGAGAGAGAGAGAGAGAGAUAUUGAUUCAAGGUUUAGUCUGGGUUCUUCUGUAACCACAAGAAACGUGAAAGAGGUGGGGUUUUUGUGUUAGACAGAGGUGAUCUCCAGAUGCUGUAAAAGAGACUCAUGUAAGCAGAAAGUAAAUGAUCAUCUGCACUUGCUUAUGUAGGCUGUGCUGUCAGAGCAUUACCAGCUUUGAAGUUUGGAAUAAUCUGGGCAGGUGAAGAAUGCAAGUGUAUGGAAUGGAUAUAUAGGAUGGAGUACUAUCUGAGUUAAGUCUAGAGGGCUCAGAGAGCAGGAAAUGAAGAUGCUUUCCUCUCCCACCUGACACCCAGCCAUAUGAUCAUGACAAAGUUCUAGUAUGAUUGUUUCCUAUUCUAUAGUGCAAACACAACACAGAAAAGGGUCCAAAGCUUCUCCACUUGUUACAUGUGUUACUUUGGCAUUAAUUUAACUUGCGUUGAGCUCCAGGUUCUUCAUGUAUGAAAUGGUAGUGGUGCUCACUUCAGCAGCACAUAUACUAAAAUUGGAAUGACACAGAGAAGAUUAGCAAGGAUGGUAUGCAAAUUUGGAUAGCAUUCUAGAUUUUUAUUAAAAGAUGGAAUAGUGGUGAUAUUAAUAGCAUAUAGGCUUCCUGGGAAUGUUAAAUGGGACAUGUCAGAAAUUACUUAGCACAGUACCUUGAUGAUGGGAGAUAUAAACUGUAACUAUUGUCAGCCACGUUGUAGAAUAUUAUCAAUGGCCUACAGUUACAUGAAGCGCUGCCUUUACUUUCAAUACUCAUUUGUAGUCACUUUAAGCUUGGUUGGGAAAAUCCAAACCACUGAUUCGUGAAUCACAACUUGAUGGUUUGCAAGUAACUCCUUUUGUGGUUAAAACUGGGAAAGUAGGGCUGGGGAUACAGCUCAGUUGCUAUUGUUUGCCUUCCAUGCAUGGGUCAGUGGGUUCUAGCCCCAGUACUGUAAAAAUAUAAGAAAAUGAAAGGACGGAAGAACAAAUGAAUGUUAGAGGUAGGGACUGAUUCCUAUGCCAAGAAAAUAAUUUCCAUUUUAAUAAGGGCUAAAAAGUAAUGCUGUAUUUGGGGGGCAUCUAGAAUUCUUGUUAGAAUGAAAGCCUUAAGUUUUAGCUUCCAUGAGCAUAACCAAACCAUCCCUCCCUAUUCUUCAAAAUGUGUUGAAAAUUGCAACUAUACCAGAAUAAUUAGAUCUCACCAUCUAUGAGUUUUGCACAUAGCUAAUGGUAUUUCUUUAUGCUGCCCCAAAUAACAGGCUCUACAAUGAUGUGUUGAGAAUAUACCACGUCCCAGGUACUAAACUUAGUGAUAUCAUUUGCCUGAACAAAUGAAAUAACCUUUUAGACAGCAUUGUUAACCCCACAUAUGGAUAAGAAAACAGAGGCUCAGCAAUUUUAAAGAAUAUGCCUAUGUAAUAUUUUCAUCCAAUGAGUGGCCAAGCUUGGUUCUUUACCUAUCAUGUAGCAGAUCUUUCAACAUUUUGAACAGUUUGUUAUACAUGUUUUAUUCAACAGACAUGGCAGUCAAAUCACAAAACACCCUAAGAACUCAAAACGAGAAGUUCCAGGUGAAGCUGCCCAAAACAUCUUCCGUUAAUCUAAGAGGAAGAGGAAGUACGGCUUCUUAAUAAAAUCUCAUUGAUAAGAGGGUACCCAAUCUGACCCCAUGGAAAUCUUGGCUGGCCUAAAUAGUGUGUUCCUCGGAGCAGCCUGAAUCCGUGUUGGGGUUGUUCUCCAGCCAGCUUUUGUUUCAAUGAUGGCAGGAAGUGGGAAAGUAGGCUUUAACUUUCUUCGGGAUGUACAUGAGUGGGAUAAUCAGUUGAACUUGACCAUUUUUAGCACUUGCAGAUUGAUUGGUUCUGCUUCUAAGCACAGUAACGAUGAGUAUAGAGAUGAAAGCUAACUCUCAGCCAGAAGGACAAGAUUCCCCCUUGUAGACAGUGCCACUUUCUUGGGUUAGUCUUCCUUUCUACCGUGACUUCAUAGCUGACCCAGUCCUUUCCUUGUAGAUUAUUUUCUCUGUGUGUGUGUGUGUCUAUGUGUGUGUGUGCGUACACUAGGUAGCAAGCAGACCUUAUGCCUUUCUGCUUUGUACCGUACUACUGCUGCUAGCUAAAAACCAGCAAAAUGUAGAAAGUGAAAAAUGAAGAAACUACUUUUCAGUGCAUAAUUUGAAAAAAGGGGUGUUUGCUCCUCACUUUGAGGAGCAGAGAACUAUUCCAAUAGCUUGCCUUUCUGGAGGCCAACUGCUUCAAGUUCAGUACUGCCUCAGUAGCAGAGUUGAGUUCUGGCAUGUGUGGUGCUGCCAUCUCUGCCUGUGGAGCUGACUUGGGUUCAGAUAAUCCCCUGUGAUUAGCCACAGAAGCCUCAGAACUCCCAUGGCUGGGCCACUGAACCCAGAGGUCUCUUACUGCCAACAGGUUGUGUCCUGUUGAUGGACUGCAACCCCCUGGGGCCUGCAUGCCCUGUGCCAACUCCAUUUCCAGCAUUUUAGCCCUAGAUUCAUUCCUUGGGUUCCCAGCGUGUUGACUGUGUGUCCAUUUCUACUCAUCCAGGUAGAAACAGGCAGGCUGUAAGUUCAUCCUUGGGCCUAAAGAACGAGGUUUUGAUCCUGGAAGGAAGACAGCUCUUAAAAGCAAACAGGGCUUUGCUUUCUGGCAUUUCUAAUAUACAGAGAGCAGGAAGGGAAAGGAGCCAUGCACAGUGUAGACAUUCACUUCCUUUUAGAAUGGCAUAUCCCACCCACUCCACUGCUUAACUACUUAAUACUCUGGGGUUUACACAUCCACAGGUGAAAUGAAGAACUUUUCACCUAGAAGUGGGUGUUUCCACACAUGUUAAGUUAACCUCCAGAGAGAAGUGCCUGGAACCACUGUUCCUGGUGUCACUUUAAAGCUUUGACUUCAUGACUUUGUAGCAUUUAAAAACCUUUUGCAGCCACAAAUGUGAUUAACAGAAGUUUACAAAGCAACACUGUACCUUGUGCUUUAUCUUAAAAGUCCACUGGCAUUCAUCUAUUGUUCGGGUGACGAGGACAACUGGGGAGAUAAACAGAAGAGCAAAGAGUUCAGCGUGGCACCAUUGGCUGAUGUUAGAUAAGUGAGUCUCAUUAUUGUAUGCAGUUCUCUGUAACGCCAGGAUUAAAACAUCAAGCAAGCCACUUAAACAGUGGCCAGUGUGUAUAUGUGUCUGCCUUCCAUUUGUUUGUUAAGCAGCCAUUUUACUUUUUGAGCUGAAGGGAAAUUAAGAUGCCGCUCCCUCCCCACCAAUGCUGUUCAACUACCUCUAUAUGCCUGGUUUCUUUUUAGGGGUUCCCUUCUUCUAAAUCUGCACAAAAUAGUUUCAGCUCAUCUACGUUGUAAUCGCAAUGUGGUAUAGACAGUCUCUGUGAAAAUUGUUUGUUCAUUAAACAAAGGUUUCCUGUUGUCUCUA